AUGUCGCUGUGCCCAGCGGGUAGGUACAGUCUUGACAAAGUGCAGCUUUAUGCUGAUAUUAUUUCAACAGUUGAAUUUAAUUACUCUGGUGAUCUUCUUGCAACAGGAGACAAAGGUGGCAGAGUGGUUAUAUUUCAAAGGGAACAAGAGAACAAAAGCCGUCCUCAUUCUAGGGGAGAAUAUAAUGUUUACAGUACCUUUCAGAGUCACGAACCCGAGUUUGACUACUUGAAAAGUCUAGAAAUUGAGGAAAAAAUUAAUAAAAUUAGGUGGUUACCACAACAGAAUGCUGCUCACUUCCUGCUGUCUACAAAUGAUAAAACUAUUAAAUUAUGGAAAAUAAGUGAAAGGGAUAAAAGAGCCGAAGGUUAUAAUUUAAAAGAUGAAGAUGGAAGACUUAGGGAUCCUUUCCGAAUCACAGCACUACGGGUGCCAAUAUUGAAACCCAUGGACCUAAUGGUAGAAGCGAGUCCCAGAAGGAUAUUUGCAAAUGCACAUACUUAUCACAUAAACUCUAUUUCAGUAAAUAGUGAUCAUGAAACAUACCUUUCUGCAGAUGACCUAAGAAUUAACCUAUGGCAUUUAGAAAUCACAGAUAGAAGUUUUAAUAUUGUAGAUAUUAAGCCUGCUAACAUGGAGGAGCUGACAGAGGUGAUCACUGCCGCCGAGUUCCACCCUCACCACUGCAACGUGUUCGUCUACAGCAGCAGCAAAGGAACCAUCCGGCUCUGCGACAUGCGCUCCUCGGCGCUCUGCGAUCGGCACUCCAAAUUUUUUGAAGAACCUGAAGAUCCUAGCAGCAGAUCAUUUUUUUCAGAAAUAAUAUCAUCGAUAUCUGAUGUAAAAUUCAGUCACAGCGGUCGAUACAUGAUGACAAGAGACUACCUGUCUGUUAAAGUGUGGGAUCUCAAUAUGGAGAACAGGCCUGUAGAGACAUAUCAAGUUCAUGAGUAUCUUCGAAGCAAGCUUUGUUCCCUCUAUGAAAACGACUGCAUCUUCGACAAAUUCGAGUGCUGCUGGAACGGUUCCGAUAGUGCUAUCAUGACUGGAUCUUACAACAACUUCUUUAGAAUGUUUGACCGGAACACACGCCGGGAUAUCACUCUAGAAGCAUCCAGGGAGAGCAGCAAGCCUCGUGCCAUCUUAAAACCGCGCAAAGUGUGUACAGGUGGUAAGAGAAAGAAGGAUGAAAUAAGCGUUGACAGUCUGGACUUCAACAAGAAGAUUCUUCACACGGCAUGGCAUCCCAUGGAGAACAUCAUUGCUGUCGCUGCCACCAAUAACUUGUAUAUAUUCCAGGACAAAAUUAACUAAAGAGGACUUACUGAGGACAGAGUCGUCGUCUUGCAUAGUUCAGCUCAGUUGUUUAUCUGUAAAAGAGAAGGCCUUGUUGUCCUACCAGUGAAGAACAUUGCUGCACUUACUUCCCUCUAGGUAAAGGCGAGGGUCUGGCCUGGCUUUUGAGUUCCCGGUGUAGUUCUGCCGGCAGCGGGGGUAGGGAGCGUCAGCCGCAGUUUUCUGGGAGAAACCCUCUCGAGGCAGAACUGAUGGGCGGUGCUCAAUGAGGCCAAUACUCCAAACAAAUGUAUGUAUUGAAGUCUGAGCCUUCCUUUCCAGUUUAUAGACCAAAAAUUUAACACCCAAGAAGAAAAAUUGUCAUAAAAAUGUAAUUUCUCUCUCUCGCGCUCUUUCUCUGCUGUAAUAUUUGGGCCUUUCGAAACAUAUAUUGUGCUUAAUGCCUGUAAACAUUCCUCCUGGAAUUGGGUGUUUGGACCUUUGAGCACUUAGGUAGGUCUUGAGUUGGGUUCUUAGCCAGGUUUCCAUGAAUAUUUACUCACCAACUGUAUCUAUAACCGCACCUUCUGGUGUAAACCACUUAAUAAAAUAACAAACUAUAAAAAGUGUUUUUAAAUCUGAAGGUAUGUAUUCAGUCUUUUUAUUUUUUUAAUGCAUGUACUGAGAUGGUGCAAAAUAAUUCUGACGGGCAGAUUUGACAGUGUUUGCCCCCAGACGUUCAUUUUUGGCAGACUAAUACAAACCUUUUUGUGUAAUAUUUCGAGUUCUAAAUUUAGAGUUUCCAUGAAAUUGUCAUUUAGUUUAAGUUGCACUGGUUUUCUUGUGAAAUGCUAUCUGUGUACCAAGUGGGAGACCGAAAAGGUUGGUCAGACAUCCACAGCCUUAACAGAAAGUGACCACCUUGCACAGAAGGGAAAACAAAACACUGAACAACAGAUUUUCUUCUUUGAAGGUAAAAAUUCAGGUUUUCUGAUGCCUCUCAACGUUAGAUAGAGACAUACCUUACGUGCAUUAUGUUUUUUAACCUUUUUAGCAUUUGUCAUGAAGAUAGAGUUUAUUUUAAAUAUUUGGCAUAAUAUAUUGUAUUUCCCAUUGCAGUUCAAGCCAGCAAAAAAAAAAACCUGUCUUGCUCAUG